AUGGAUGAAAACCCAUUGUUAUUAAAGAUACAGAGGAUAAUUAAUAGGCCGCAGGAAAAUGAUGAAAUAUUGCUUAAUGGGUUGGAUUCAGUUUUUCCACUAAUGACAAAUAACUCUGCUAUAAUUCGACGAACUCUACGUAGCAACAUGGAAGGAAUUCAACUGAACUUUUAUGAAAACCUUUUAGUUGUUUUUGGAGAUGUGAAAAAGAGUGUUGAUUCUGUUGACUCAUGUGUAAACAAAAUGUUGCAAACGUGUCGUCGGAUGAAUGAAACUGUGACUUCAGUUAAAUCUGAGACAGCAUAUUUGUUAGAGGAAGCACAAAAAUUGCAAUCAGACAGUAAAAUGGCAGAAAUGAAAGCUUAUUUGUUGGAACUACUAGUUGGUUCAUAUCAAAUCUCUCAAGAGGAUGCUUAUAUUUUAUCAUCUAAAGUUCAUCCUAUAGACAACACAUUCUUUUCAGCACUUUCCCGUUGUAGAGAGAUGAAAAAUAACUGUAAAGAGUUAUUUAAGUCAAAAGAAAUGGCUUUCAGCUCAUCAAUGAUGAAUGAAGUUGUGAAGACUUUAGAUUUGGCGUUCGAAAGACUCUAUGAAUGGGCACAAAAUGAAUGUCGUAAUCAGGUCAAUGAAACACCUGAAAUAUCGUUAAAUCUUCGGUGUGCUUUGUCAGAGUUACAAGAAAAGCCAGUUCUUUUGAAGUAUGCACUCGAUGAGUAUGCAAGUGCACGUCGCAAGGCAACUGUUAGAUUGCUCAUGGAUACACUGACGAUAGGACAUGAUCCAAACUCUAGUACAAUUAAUAACUCUACAGGUGUUAUCCAUGUAAAGCCAAUACAAAUGAGAUCACAUGACCCUGUACGAUUUGUAAGUGAUAUACUGGCCUGUAUUCAUCAACUAACAGCUUCAGAAAAGGAGUAUAUAAACAGUUUAUGCAAGAACUGUCAUGAUACACUAAUCAAUGACUUAAAAACUAUUUGUUUGGAUACAAUUACUGAAAGUUUCUGUGCACACUUCAAAUUAACUAUGGAGAAUUUACUAAUAUCUCAUCAUGAUGCUGUCGUUCUAUACCGAAUUAAUAAUAUACUGAGCUUUUAUCAGCAUACAUUCAUGUUACUCCUUGAAUCUACAGCCUCUCUUGUAUUAUGCGUAGAUGAUGUUCAACAGCUAUGCAAAAGAUUACUACUCAACACUCUUAAACAGUUUGUAAAACAAAACUUGGAACAACCAGAUUUACCAAAUUCAGAAUUGUCUCCUAAUGAAUUAGUCAAUGAUACAUUGCAACUGCUGGUCCAAAUGCUUGGUAGUCAAGAUAUUUCAUUACUACCGAAUAAUAUGGUUGAGGCUGAACAUAAAGAAAUAGCCGAUGCUCUUAUAUUCCCCUUAAUCGAAUACUGUGAAAAAUCUGCUGUGUUGAUACCAAUUAGUUCUCAGUCGCACAUCCAACUUAUGGACGAUCAAUAUAUCAACGACACGGUCGACUCAUCUUUCAUGUCACCAUCAGCAACUUAUUUGACUAAUUGCCUUUGUGCUAUUGAAGCCAGUCUUUCCAAAAUCCCUUUUGGUAACUUUCACAGAGAAUAUAUAGCGUCAAAACUUGAUACAUGCCUGAAUUCAUUAGUGUCUGCUCAGUUUUCCUAUGUGAUCAAACGUACUGGUCUUUCCCAUAUAGAUGAAACUCUGAAAGAAUCAAAACCUGGAACUUACACGAAAGCUAAGUUUUCAAAUUUACUGAAGGACUUCAACGCAUACCUUUCCAACCCUGAUGAAUUACUUCUUCCUGA